AAAGGCAGCUUUGCUCAAGUCAGGGUAUUUCCAGCUUUGCGGCUUUCACUUCUACUUCUACGAGGUGGGUGGAGUGGCCUCCUGUGGACGAAUCAGAUUUCUUCUCAGUCCAAACUUCAAGAGGUGAGCUAGGGGUUCAGGCUCUUAGACACACAGGCAGCAGCGGCAGCAGCAGGACAGCAAGAGGCUUGGGUUAGACCAGAGACCAGAACCAUGGAUGACCAGCGCGACCUCAUCUCCAACCAUGAGCAGCUGCCCAUGCUGACCCAGCGCCCUGGAGCCCCAGAGAGCAAGUGCAGCCGUGGAGCCCUGUACACAGGCUUUUCCGUCCUGGUGGCUCUGCUCCUGGCUGGUCAGGCCACCACUGCCUACUUCCUGUACCAGCAGCAGGGCCGGCUGGACAAGCUGACGAUCACCUCGCAGAACCUGCAGCUGGAGAGCCUGCGCAUGAAGCUUCCCAAGUCUGCCAAGCCUGUGAACCAGAUGCGGAUGGCCGCCCCCAAGCUGAUGCAGGUGCUGCCCAUGGACAGCAUGCUCCAGGGGCCCAUGCAGAACGCCACCAAGUACGGCAACGACACAAUGGACCAUGUGAUGCACGCGCUCCUGAGAGCUGACCCCCUGAAGACGUACCCGCAGCUGAAGGGGACCUUCCCGGAGAACCUGAAGAAACUCAAGAGCACCAUGGGGGGCCUGGACUGGAAGGUCUUUGAGAGCUGGAUGCAUCAGUGGCUCUUGUUUGAAAUGAGCAAGAACUCGCUGGAGAAGCCCACUGAAAAUUCACCAAAAGUACUGACCAAGUGCCUGGAAGAGGCCAGCCGCAUCCCUGCCGUCCACCCGGGCAGGUUCAAGCCCCAGUGCGACGAGAACGGCAACUAUUUGCCGCUCCAGUGCUAUGGGAGCAUCGGCUAUUGCUGGUGCGUCUUCCCCAACGGCACCGAGGUCCCCCACACCAGAAGCCGUGGGCACCUGCACCAUAACUGCAGUGAUCCAUUGGACAUGGAGGAUCUGUCAUCUGGGCUGGGUGUGACCAAGCCCGAUCUGACCCAAGCCAUGGUGUGAGAACAGCAAUUGAAGACACCAGGCCCCUGACAGCUCUGCAUGGCCACAGCUUCCUUGCUGUCUUGCUGUCUUCUACCCCCAACCCUAGCCCCAUACUCCUCCCCUUCCACCCCCACCUUGCACCUCAUUCCAUGAGACUCUGGCACCUGGCUCUCCAUCAUCCUUGGACACAACAAAUCGUAUCAGAACAGCACGAAUUAAUGACACGGGAGGGCCCUCCUGCCCAAGCUCCAUCCAACAACAGGGACACAAGGCCCGAGGAGGUGGACCAUGAGCUAAGCUGACCCAUUUCUGACACCACGGCAGCCCCCAACAUGGAGCUCCAAGACCUAGACCCAUGGACAAGGAGUGCAGGUGCAGGGAGAAGGGAGGAUGUUCCCCUAAGUCCCCAAGGUAGGACAGACUGCUGUCCCUCCCCUUCUGCCUUUAGCCUUGGCUUUCGAGCCUAUGUAACUGGGGGCACGAGCCACCCUUGGUCUCCAGCAUCACUCACCAGAAGAACCAGCCUCUCCACUACAACCCCUCCUCUCUGCCAGCCCCCAGUUCCCCUGCGCAGCAAGCUUGUCAUCAACCCUUAGGGUGGCUACUGUGAGAAUAAAAUGUAGAUUGUAGACCA